UCUUUAUGCUCACGUCCUUCACAUUCUAGAUUUGAAGUUUUUGUGACUGCAAGGAUCCAUACUCUUUGGUUUUUUCGUUCUAGGAGACGUUGUUGGGUACCGGCGAGGGCGAUGACAGCGCUGGGAGGAGAGCGGAGAUCAGGGCGCUGGCUCCUGGCGCUCGCGCUCUGCGUCGCGUGCGCGGGAUCGAGCGCGCUGCCGUCGCACAGAGGGCAGCCGCAGAAGCUGCUGCUCGUCUCGUUUGACGGAUUCCGCUGGAACUACGACCAGGACGUGGACACCCCGAACCUGGACAACCUGCGCACCAUCGGGGUCGCGGCGCGACACAUGGUGCCGCCUUUCAUCACGAUAACCUCUCCGUCGCACUACACCCUCGUCACUGGUAAACACAUCGAGUCGCAUGGCGCGGUUCACAACCAGCUCUACAACGUGGAUCCCUGGGAAAAGCAGGGCUACCACGCGGCACAGAAGCGCUCCGAGUGGUGGAACGAGACCCUCCCCAUCUGGAUCAGCGCUCAGAAACAGGGCUUGAAGACCGGCUCUCUGCACUUCCCCGGCGGUGCGGCCACGUACGAGGGCCAGACCGUGUACAGGUCGAUGCUGGAAGAGUCCACCUACAACUACAGCAACGAGACAGAGUGGAGGCUCAACGUGGACACCGUCGUGGACUGGUUCGUCCUGGACCAGCUGGACUUCGUGGCGCUCUACUUCGGCGAGCCCGACUCGGCGGGCCACAAGUUCGGGCCGGAUUCGGAGGAGCGACAGGAGAAGGUGAGGCAGGUGGACCGCACGGUGGGCUACCUGCUGCGCAGCAUGGAGGAGAGAGGCCUCACGGGCAACACGAACGUCAUCAUCACUUCGGACCACGGCAUGACGCCCACGCAGAAGGCGCCGGCCGUGGAGGAGAUCGUGCUGUCGAAGUUCAUCAACUUCAAGAAGGACGUCAAGUUGGCCAUAGUGGACUACGGGCCGUUCGCCAUGAUUCAGCCCAAGCAGGGCAGGGAGGAGGCCGUGUACCAGGCCCUGAAGGACGCCCACCCGAAGCUGAACGUCUACAGGAAGGAGGAGUUCCCGGAACGUUUUCGCUACCGGGAGCACAGGCGACUGCUGCCCAUCAUGAUGUACGGGGACCUCGGCUACGUGGUCAAUGGGAGGAUGAUAUUCCAGCUCAACAAGGGUGAACACGGCUUCGACAACGCGGAGUCGGACAUGUGGACCAUCUUCCGCGCUUUCGGACCUCGCUUCCGUCAGGGCUACGUGGCGGAGCCGUUCGCCAGCGUGCACGUGUACGCGCUCAUGUGCGAGCUGCUCGGGGUGCAGCCCGAGCCGCACAACGGCUCCCUCGCCUUCACCCGGGACAUGCUCGCUGACUCGGUCGGCGACGGCGGAGAUGGCGCGGAGGACCCUCAAGCUCCCACCAGGUCUGGGCUCAGGGAAGGUCUCAUUGCUCUCACAGCGGUCGCCGCAUGUCUCUUCCUGGCCUUCAUCGUGGCAACGGUCUUCACGAUGUCGAAACGGGCUGGAAAAAGGAGUAAAAACAACACAACCAAGACGGUACAUGAGGUGUCACUCUAGGAGGAUGUCAUUCCCCCGAACCUCCGAUUAGCACGGUCGGCAACGUAUGGUGCGAAAGAAGUUCAACAUGCACACUAACAUGACGAAAUGUUUUCGUUUGGAACGAUUGCCAGUGAUUUUUUUGUUUCUUUUAGGAUCUACUCUCAACAGUUAAACUAUUCGAAAAUAUAUAUUUACAUGAUGUCCCCGAUGAUUUAGGAAAUUACCCAUUAAGGAUAAUUCUAUACCAAGCUUGAUGCUUUAUGCUCCGCACGCCCGCUUACAUGAAAUGCUUGGAAGACGUCAGCAGAGGCCACGAUUGCCACCACAACUCGCCAUCACUUCCUUGCUUCUGCCCUGAUGUGAACGACCAAUGUUCUUUAAGCUCACGCCUUUCAAAUAAAAGAGUAAUAUGCUAACGGGAAAAAAAAAUAAACGUGCACGUUGUGAGAUUCGACGAUUCGGAUUCAACGCUAAUAUUUGUGUUACAGUUUGUUAAAAAUGUAUGAAUACAUCUGUAAGCAGUUUACUAUCUGCACAAAAGUACAAAUAUGCAGCAUUUGCAUUUUUUUUCGUUCUGCAAAUAAAAUUUACUUCCUGCGGAGCGCAUAAUAAAAACAGACGUGCCAUGAUUUUGCUUGUGCAGCAGCAACGACCUGAUGUAUAGUUUUAAUACCACUGGUCAUCUGUGAAAAAGAGCUUCACAGCUCGUCAGAUUUCU